CUCUCUAGGGAUUUCCUCCGCCCCAGUUCUCGGGCUGCCGUUGAUGGCGAAGAGAGGGAGAGUGGUGAAGUGCUCGGCGGAAGGAAACGGAAAAACGGCAGCGGGUGGGAGAAGAAGGGGAUGAUGAGCGCUUCGCUGAUGGCGGCGGUGGCCGUAGCAGCUGCGUCGAGCCCAGCGGCGAUGGCUCCUCAACGGAUGCGAGUAGCUGGAGCGAUUUGUAGCGACCUUCUAGAGGUUGAAGCAGAGAAGAAAGAAGAAGCAGGGUUCGUGGCGGCGGGGUAGACGGUGGUGGCGGCGGCAGUAGUUG